GCUGUGCGCCGUCUCGAACGCGCCGGCGGCACGCCGCCCGCACCGGUUCACUUGAAGCACCGCACCAGCUCUGCGAACCACCGAGGCCCCGGCCUCCGCCGCUCCGUGCCUCUGGCCUCCGCCUCCCCCGACUGUACAGUGGCGCACUGCGCUGUUCAAUUGGACCGCGCCACAGCAGCGCUGCUACUGCUGUAGCACGAUGCCGCCGCCGCGUCUGGGGUGUGCCAUCCUCGCCGCCGCCUGCAGGUUCAUCAAGCCCAUCGCUCGUACUCAUGAACCAUGUGCAGUACUUAGGAGCCUCGGUGUUCUUGGGUCGUGCCCGCCAGCUGUUCGACACAAUGUCUCAGAGGGGCCACCACCCGUGGGCUUGCCCCCAUGCUUCCGCCAAGGUGUCCUUUCACGUGGGCACGUGCUUGGGUCUCUGAGAUUUUGCCAUGCCAGUGCUUCGGAACGUUCCAGCGAGGUCCACGCCAGUGAAAUCCUGAGAACUCUCAAGUCCAUUGGUGGCAGCGACAAUGCUGAUCUCGGCGAUGCUCUCCGUCAGUUUGCAGAAAAGAUGGACGAGGACGUUGUCCUCAAGGUCCUCCAGAAGCAGCGGUCCAACUGGCAGGUCGCGCUGGCGUUCUUCAACUGGGCGGCAGGGCUACCUGGCUACGCCCAUGGGUCGAGGGCCUAUACUGAGAUGCUGGACAUUCUCGGGCGGAUGAAGAAGGUCAGGCUCAUGAGGCAGCUGUUCGAUGAGAUCCGGGAGGAGCGGCGGGCGGUGGUGGUAACUGACAGGAUGUUUGCCGUGCUGUUGAACCGGUAUGCGGGUGCACACAAGGUGCAGGAGGCGAUAGAGGUGUUCUACUUGAGGAAGGACUAUGGUUUUGAGCUCGACUUGGUUGGCUUCCAGAUCCUUCUGAUGUCGCUGUGUCGGUACAAGCAUGUUGAGGAGGCGGAGGCGCUGUUCCACGAGAAGAAAAGCAAGUUCCCGCAUGUCAUAAAGAGCUGGAACAUCAUACUGAACGGUUGGUGUGUGAAGGGAAGCUUUAGAGACGCUCAAAGGAUUUGGAACGAUAUCGUUGCAUCCAAGGUUGAAAGGGACCUGUUCACCUAUGGUACAUUCAUAAAAGCAAUGACCAAAGAUGGCAGAAUUGGUUCCGCAGUGAAGCUGUUCAAUAGAAUGUGGGAGAAAGGCAUUAAUCCUGAUGUGGCGAUCUGCAACUGUAUCAUUGACCAGUUGUGCUUCAAGAAAAGGAUUCCAGAAGCACUUGAGAUUUUUGGAGAGAUGAAUGACCAGCGUUGUCUGGCAGAUGUGGCUACAUACAACACUUUAAUAAAAUACUUAUGUAAGAUAAACCGGAUGGAGAAAGUUUAUGAGCUUUUGGAUGAAAUGGAAGCAAAGGGCUGCCCUCCAAACACUAGGACGUAUUCUUACAUUCUGAAGACAACUGAAAAACCCAAAGAUGUCAUAGCUUUGAUGCAGAGGAUGGAGCAAAGUGGUUGUAAAUUGGAUUCUGAUACAUAUAACUUAAUAUUGAACCUUUAUAUCAAUUGGAAAUACGAGAAGGGAGUGCAGCAAGUAUGGGAUGAGAUGGAAAGGAGUGGAUCUGGUCCAGAUCAACGAUCAUUUACUAUUAUGGUUCAUGGCCUUCAUUCCCAAGGAAAGCUUGAUGAGGCUCUGCAAUAUUACACAACAAUGAAAUCAAGAGGGAUGAUUCCAGAACCAAGGACCAAGAUACUGGUGAAAGCUAUAUAUAUGAAGAAAGAUGGGGCUGCCACAGAAGAUCAGUCUGCAAAUAUGACAGGGAAGGAUCUAAAACUGGAUCCACGAUCAAGACUAUUCCAUGUUCAUAAAUAGUUUGCUGUCAGAUCUUGCUUCUAUUACCUGAACGGAGGAUUGCUGGGCACAUAUUUUGGGUUGGAAGAAUCUCUUCAAAUCAGUUUCCAGAUCACAAUGGCAACAUCUUGGGCUUCAAUAAAUCAUCAGCAAAGUGUGUUGGCAUUAUGGUAUCCCAGAAAGUUUUGCUCAGACUUUCAAUGCCAGGGUAUUUUUUUUGUCUGAUAUGGAUCAAUUCCAAGUACUGUAUUACAUGCUCGUAUUGUAUAAGAUAUGUGAAAUGUGUACAUAUGUUUGUUUAUUCAUAUGUUAUGCGUGGCUGUGUCUACUUUCUAGUUGUUGCCAACAUAUGCAGCAGCAGGUAGCUUCAACCGCUCAGAAGCCCAAAUGAAGGAUGGCCCAGGAACUUGCACCUCCGUUUUGUUCUGUUAAAUUUAUAGAUCAUACAGUGCCUGGCUACGCAGGAAGUCAUAUCUAGUACAUAAAGAGUUCUGUUUGGCCAUUUUCACAAUGCUAGUCCUGAAUUGUUCUCAGGUAAGCUAUUGUUUGUUGCUAAUUUGCUGCCUCUGAACUACUCCCUGCCACUUCUCUUGGCUGUUUGUUCACCGUCCUUUGCAUUUUUUUUGA